GUAUUGCAUGCCGCCUUUUUUGUUGUUUUGUCUCUGUUUACUUUAUUAUUUUUGUAUUUUUAACUGAAUAAAGGAAAACUACUAGUUUAAAAAAUGUCCAUAUUCGGAGAUGAUGGGGUUGACGACUUGUUAAAUGGCAAUUUUCACAAUGAUGGGGAUCAACUGCCUGAUGACAACGACGACAAUGAACAAUUAUUUGCCGAUAAUGAGCCCGGAGAGGGUGACAACGAAAACCAGGAGGGCGCAACUGCCGUACCUGUAAAGGUUCAGCCUAAAAAACGAAAUGUUCUUAAUCCAAGACCACGUCUAAACGUAGAGGUGCUACGUGGUCCGCGGGGAUUGCAUACAAUUGAGGAUUAUUUCAAAGAUAUAAAAUUUAAAGGUAAGGGCCGUGAGAAAGAAGAUCUAGAUGAAGUUAUGCGUCGGCUACAACAUUGGGGUCAUAGAAUGUAUCCUACAUAUAAGUUUGAUGAUGUCUUGGCAAAUAUAGAACGUUUGGGUAAAAAGAAGCCACUGCAGGUUCACAUGUCUCGCUAUCGGCUAGGUAUGUUGGAAAGUAUGAAAAGUCAUGGCGAAGUCAAUGAUGCAGAUGAAGAUGAUGAGCAACCGGCAGCAACAGCUGACGAACCAUAUGAUGAAUUUGAUGCCUUAUUAGAUGAACAAAUUGCCAUAUCCAAAGUAGAUCCACGCACACCAGGGCCAAGUACUUCAAGAUAUUCCGCCGGUGCUAUGGGAUCAACUACAAAUGCCUCUAUAGCAAGCAGUAGUUUUGCUACACCUUCCUUCUCUCGAGGCAACGCAGUUGUGUCAACACCCUAUACAGUUCAAGGUAAUCUUAACGAUACCAGUGACUUGGCCACUCCAUUGCCACCGAGUCAACCCACUACGCCAGCCGCUAAGCAACUAAGUGCCGAACAAAUGGCUCGCAUUGCAGAGAAUAGAAGAUUAGCCCAAGAACGUUUAGCAGCCAAAAAGCGGCAACAGCAGGAGGCCGCUCUAAAAUCCGCAGAAAUUGUUCAAACAUAAAUUUCUUAAAUAAUACUGUGUAUUCGAUAAUUAAGUCCCAUUUUUGUAUUGUUAGUAAAAGUGAUUUUAAAAGAAAAAAAUCUUUAAUA